AAAACAUCGUUUCGGCCGAAAUCCACUGCUCAGUUCGCUGAAGUUGCAAAAAGAAAAGUUCUCCCCUAGCCCUCGGGCGCCGCCGCCCCUUCCGCCGCCACCCCUUCCUGGCGCGGCGUCGCUUCGCCGCCGCCCUGCUUGGCCGCGCCACCCCGCGCUGGCGCUCCCUCUGUCCCUCUCCAGUCUCCACCCUUCACCGCCGUUCCGGCCUCCCGCCGUCCCGCGCCUGCAGACGCCCCCGCCUGGUCCCCUCGGUUGCCUCCCUUUGUCCGUUGUCUCCGGCGGUCCGGCCUUUCUCUGCGAGUCUGCUCCAAUCAAGUCGUCCCAGAGGCCCUCCAGUGGACCAGCCGACCAGGACGCCGGUCGUCUCCCUCUGCUACAAACCAGGACACCCCGACCUCUGUCGACGCUGGGUUUGAUGCUCUAAGGUUUCUCUGGCUUCGGUGUCAUGGCUCCGCAUUACCAAGCCACCACCCUGAUUGCCUCCCCAUCCUAUCCAGAUGCCAUCACUUGGUCAAGUGACAACUUGGUGGCCGUUGCCUCUGGUCACAUCAUCACUAUUCUGGUAUGAGCAAUUUCAGCGCCCUAUCGUACCGCCUUCACUUUCACUCUCAGGUAUUAUGGUAAUCAAUCUAUUGGAUUGGCAUUGCAUUCGUCAUGUUUUUCCUCUAGAACCCAGCAGCUCUUGAUGGGCCUCGUGGACUCGUUGUGCUUCGCCCUAGGGAUCCUUUUCCCAUUGGAGUGGUCAACAGGGAAGUGAGAGUAUGAUAUGCUAGUAUGCUGUUCAAAUGAAGUGAAAAUACCACUUCUUUGGGACUACAAUGGAAUAUCUGGAUGGCAUUUCAGAGAUCUCUUUGAACCAAGUUUAGUGCCAACAUCCUUAGUGCGUGAUACUGAACCAUGUGCACGGUCAGUUUCAUGGUCUCAACAAGGAUUUGCUCCUAAUUCUGGUUGUUUGUUGGCUGUCUGUACUGUUGAUGGUCACGUGAAUCUUUACCGUCCGCCAGUUUCUGAAUUUUGUGAUGACUGGGUUAAGGUUGCGGAUAUAUCUCAAUUGUUGUUUAACUAUUACCAAAAUAUAAACUUCGGAGAGGAUGAUGGUCCAGAUUCAUUUCCUCAGGAAAAGGCAAAUAUUGACCACGCUCCUCAGGAAAAGUUAAAUAACAAGCACACACUGGACACAGGAUAUGCCGGUGAAUUGCAAGAACCUCUUUCUCGCAGGGGUCCUGGACGGAGAAAAAGGAAGCCAGUAAGAGUUGAAGGCUAUGUUUAUGAUGAUGAUGAUGGAGAUGAUACUUCAAAGGAUGCAGACUUCUCUCUGAAUCCAUGCCCUACAUUAACGAAGAUACCUAUGAAAAAGAUUGACAUGCCUGUGCAUGAAAUGGCUGUUGUAAUUGCACAAGCUGGCUCACAAAAUACCAAAGAAGCAUUCUCUUGCAAUGGAGAAAACAAACUUCUUCCUCUGAUCACAGCAAAACAAUAUUCACGUCGCAAUGCACUUUUGUUUUCUCUCGUAGUUGCAUGGUCACCAGUUUUGCCAUCACACAACGCUAUUUCUCAUUGGUGUAUUCUUGCUGUUGGCUCAAAGUCUGGGGAUGUUUCAUUUUGGAAAAUCAAUAAGCCCGAGCACUACACAAUAGAUGUUUGCACUGUUACCAAAGAUCCAAUAUUCGUUGGGGUUCUUCAAGCUCAUAAUUCAUCGGUUUGUGCCAUUAGUUGGGAAGUUUCAUGUUCAAGAUCUUCAAGGUCUUCAUUACUUUUAGCAACUGGAUGCUCGGAUGGAAGUGUGAAGAUAUGGUCAGGUGAUAUCGAAGGAUCGAAUCAAUGUACAGAUGCGAAAGAAGUGUCAUUUUCGUCAGUCACAGAGGUGACCACUAAUUCAUCAGCUCCUGUCUCAUCAAUUUCAUUGUCCACACCAGCUCAGCCUCGACAAGAGGUUAAUUUGGCAGUUGGAAGAGUAUCUGGAUCACUGGAAACAUGGAUAUUGGACCUGUGCAGCAACGAAGUUGAGAAUAGCAGUGAAUGUCAUGCACAUGAUCGAGUGGUGACAGGUUUAUCAUGGGGUUUAGAUGGCCACUGUUUAUACAGCUGCAGUCAGGAUAAUUCUGCGCGCUGUUGGAUCUUUGAAAAGAAUCAACUUGAAGAAGUUCCCGUGCACACAAAUUUCCCAGAGCUAAAAGAAUCAAUAGAUCUCUCAGUAGUAUCUCAUCAAUGCUUUGGUCUUACACUUUCACCUGGAGAAGUAAUGAUUGCUGUGGUCCGCAGCUUGGAUCCAAAUAUGCUAGACCAGAUGUACCAAGCCAGGACACAAAAGGCAGUGGUUGAGUUCAUUUGGAUUGGUGGCCAGUUCCUUGGCAUUCCACUAAACAAGGACAUAUAUAUCUCCAACAAACAAUCUGCAAAGUCAUCCGAGACUAACUUCUUAUGGUGGGGUUCCAACAUUCUUUGGUCAUUGAACAAUUAUGAAAAAUGUGAAACCGGACUUGUCUUAUGGGAUGUCAUAGCUGCUUUACAAGUGCUCAUGAAAUCCGCACCAGCAUUUUUGGAGACACUAAUGCAUAAAUGGGUCUCAGAUUUGUUUUCAGAUGAUCAACAACGUGUUUCUAUCGAUACCCUGUGUCAGUGUAGAAAGGACAUGAUGUCCAAUGUCAGCUCGCGGAAGCUACACCUGUUGAAUAUCAUUUGUAGGAAAGUAAUGCUUCGUGAUCCUGCUGGAGAAAAUGGCAAUAACACAUCAACUGAUUUGUGGAGCAGUCUUCUGUUGAGCAGCGAAAGAGAGCUACGAGAGAGACUUGUGGCUUUCACUUUUGCUGCUGUCUUGAAUCGAAUGUCAUAUUUUCGCAAGGGCGCAUGUGCUGAAAACAUGUGGUUUCCUGUUGGUGUUGCCCAGAUGCGUUCUUGGGUGUCUAUGAACAGUGGAGGAGUGCAUAAUCAGCUCAGGUCUCUCAGUUCGACAAUUAAGCGUCUUGGAAGCAGGAUCAACUCUGUGUGUGAAUACUCAGCUAAAGAAACCUGUGCCUAUUGCUCCACACCGGUUCACUUCGAGUCACCUGACAUAGCCUUGUGUGGAAGUGUCAAUCCUGCUAUUGUUCCGACAGAAAGGCACAAGCUGUCAAGAUGUGCAGCAUCGAUGCGCUUAUGCUCUGUUCUGGAACCAACUUGGUACUGUGUAUGUUGUGGAGGAAUGGUUGAUAAGCUUGUGCCUGAGACCUAUUUCGCCAUGAAGACAUCUCCUUUGUUGGGUGCUGCCAAUCCAGACGAUGAAUCAUCACUUUACUCAGCACCUGCUGUUCCUCGUUGCCCCUUCUGCGGCAUAUUGCUGCAGAGGUUGAUGCCAGAGUUCCUGCUCUCCGUCUCCCCGGUAUAGAAGCUAGCGAGACUUUUUUGCUCAAGUGCACAUCGUCUCUUUUUGCAUUAUUGUGCGUUUGUUGUUUAUUCCUAGAGGCUGCCAAAAAAGGAUGGAAAGCAACAUCAUCAUGACGCCAGCAUGAUUGUUCUUGGGGAGAUGCUUGUUUUGAAUAUUAUGUUGGUCAGCGCGUGCAGUGGCAUCUGUAGCUUCGGUAGAGAUCGAGGAAGAGCCAGAUAGUCUAAAGGCAGAAGGAAAUGGUUCAAGAGAAGAGGCCUAGCGGCUUAAAGCCUUCACCGUUCUUCAUCAUGUUGUACUACGGAUUAAUGUUUGCUCUUUUGUUUUUCCUGUUGUCUCUGACGGUCCAAAAGGCUUCUAGGACUCGUAACUGGUCAAGUGUUUUAACAUAUGAUGUACACACGAUUAUUUUACUAUAGGGUUUUCAUGUCUCGAUUUA